GUGGUGGUAGAUCCGCGAACUGGUGAAUUAUAUGCCCUUAUUAAUGGAGAAUAUGUACACGUGGAGCCAGAAAGUAAUAUUAUGGGUGCAGACACAGAUAUACUUACCCUGGAUGACAAGCCACAAACUUCAGACGAAUUAAUGCUAGAAGUAACGGAUGACAAUAUUGAUUUAUCUGAUGGUUCUGAAGAAGAACAUAUCGAGUUAUCUCCAGGUGGAAUCCUUGAUGAAGAAACUAUUUCUCGGGGUCUGUCAACACUGGGAAGAUCAGCUGAUGGAGUGACGCAGGUCUAUCUACACUGUACAAUUGCUGGCUUCAGCUUAAAAGACAUAAGCAUUUUGUCUGAGUAUGUCCACCUGCAAAAAGUGGAAAUUCCAUAUAACGAACUUACGGAGUUAUCUGCCCUGAGCACCUUGGAACACCUGCUGAUUUUGGAUGCCUCCCACAACCAGAUUACGACCAUGUUGGAUUUUAAACCACCGAAAAACCUGCAACAGGUUGAUUUUUCCUACAACCAGAUAGAGCAGAUGGAAAACCUGUCAGCUCAUCACUGUCUCAAGAAGCUUGACGUCAGUCAUAAUAAGAUCACAAGGAUCUGUGGGCUGGAGCAGUGUGAGCGACUGACUGAUCUCAGCGUCGCCCACAACAGACUGGAGAACAUCGAAGGUCUCGAUCGACUCCCGAUACAGUUCCUCAACUUGUGCUACAAUCGAAUCAGGAAAAUAGAAAAUUUAGAAAAUCUGAAAUAUUUGAGGCAAGUAAAUCUGUCAGGUAACAUAAUCCGAAGUCUUCAGGGCUUGGAAGGGCACGAUUUGCUUGAAGCCAUUGACCUUGAAGACAAUGAGGUCAUAGAUAUGAUAGAGAUAAGACACAUCAGGGAAUUGCGGAUGUUGCGCCAGCUGAACCUGAAACGGAACCCAAUCCAGGAGCUUCCCGAUUACCGCCUGUCUAUUCUAUUCCGCGUCUCCAGUCUCUCGGAACUGGACAGACACAGGGUGGAAGCUGAAGAGAAGGUGUCUGCAGUGAAUCUGUUUGAUCCUCCUUUGGAAGUGGUGGCAGCCAAGGAUCACAUCAUGCACGUUGUUUACAACUUUCUGCAGCCUAGUCACGUGUGGGACAGUACUUUACCUAGCAAUGAUACCCAGUACCCCAUGCUGGUGUUGGCUGGACCUCAGGGAUCGGGCAAAAAAGAUCUGGCUUUGAAACUUGUUGAAGAAUUUUCAGACUAUUUUGGAUAUGGCAUCUCUCACACCACUCGUUGUCCACACAUGGAAGAGGUUCACGGGAAAGACUACAACUUUGUGUCGCUGGAACAGUUCGAAACAGACAUUAAAAUGGGCAAGUUCAUCCAGACCAACUUCUACAAUGGCCACUGGUAUGGCCUCCAGAUGGAGUCGGUAGAGAGUGUGGCCCGGGAGGGACUGGCCUGCGUGGUUCACAUGGAGAUUGAGGGAGUGCUGACUCUGAAGAACACAUAUUUCGAGCCGCGCUAUGUUCUCUUGAUGCCUUUGAGUACAGAGGCCCAUGAGAAACGACUACGAGAGCGCGGCGCAUACACUGAGAGUCAGAUUGAGUUCACCAUCAAGCGAGACGAUGUGUACUGCGAAUACAACCAGAUCCACCCGGGAUUCUUCGACAUGAUGAUAAACAGUGAUGACAUCCAGGAGGCGUACCGCCGACUGCGCCGACUGGUGAUGGACUACUUGGGAAUCUCGAACCUGGUGUCGUCGUUGGACGGUGCAGACUACCAGUACAGCGAGGUCCAGGCACCCAUAACAGACUCGAUCGCUGACAACACUGCCAUGGGAUCGGCCGCCAACCCCCUAGCCAGCCGGUCGUGGUCGAGACCUAGCAUCACAGACACAGUGUCGCAACCUCGCGGGAGAGUGGGGAUUGUCGAAGAAGAGUCAAUAAAACGACGCCAGAGUGCUGCUAAAGGAGCAGUGAAUGGGUACAUCCCUCCACUGUACGAACAGAUUCUAAGCCAAUACCCUAAGACUGCCCCACAGCCUGUGGCAACAUCACCAGAUCUAAGACUGAAGUCUGAGAGUCGACCGUACUCCGUUCCGAUCUCGCAUUCGCAGCCAGCCGGCCUCGCUAGCCAACACUCGCCCGACUCCACCUCCAACGAGACCUGCUCGUCCAGUCUCUCGGAUCUGGACUCGGCCACCGAGCUACAGACGGAGAACGUGACGUCGAACCAGCUGGAGACGAACCACAAUUACCUGCCCACAGCAACCGUCGACCCCCUCGAACUCAUCGACGAACUCCGUUACCGGUCAAUGUCGGACAAAGUUCCCAGUCCACCCACAGCACCAAGACCAGAUUCACUAAACCGACCUGGCUCUCAGAGACACAAAGUGUUGCCGCCAAUAGCAACCUAAGGUUCCACAGUAAAAUAUAUAUUACUAUGGUACUAUUUCAUAAGGUGUUUAAUGAAAAUAAACCCAAAACCCCCCACCAAAACUCCUCUAUAAACCACUGUAGUAUUUUAAUAGCUACAGAUAUGUACAUAUCAGGAGCCUAAUUCACUAAACUCUCGUAACUUUCUGAUCUCACAGUGCAAUGCAAAAAAAACUUGCACGGCCGAUUCAGUGUUGCAAGCUUGAGAGCUUACUAAGAGAACUUUGUGAAUUAGGCCCCAGCUCGUUUUGUUCUGUGAUAUAAUGGACUAUAAUGAUUCUACAAUGAUUCUAAUGAAAUCUUUUAUAGUGUAUAUAAAUAUACCGUAUACGCAAAUAUGUUCGCAAAUAAAAUAUAGCGCUAAAAUCGCACACGUCGACAGCACCGCAAAUUCAAGUACGUGCCAACUUAUUUACGAUUUAGCUGUGAAUAAUGUGCUAACAUACAAAACAUAUUACAUCACACAGUAUAUACAGAAUAUUAUGUAACAUUAAAACGGGUGCCUAUUUUAUCUCUGUGAUUCCGUCGUACGAUAAACGUCGGGUGUUGGCAUCGAUAAAUCAGAAGCCGUCAGAGCUAUUCCAGUUUCUGACGAGAGUGCUCAUAGCUUUGCAAUAUAUUUCCACGGAAACCUGUUUUCCCACCAACGCUAAUAUUUUAGUGCUAUCAGCCCGAUGUUAAACCCUCGCUUUGGAUUCGAUCACGUCCGUUGUGUGAUUGUCCUAGGUCUGCAAAGUCAAACAGACAAAUGUAUUUUGUAUUAUGCUGCUGCAUUCGUUAGAAGUGUGUCUUUGUGUACAUAUAACUGUCAUUAAAAGAAGUUACGUAAAUAUUGGUUGGUUUUAUAUUAUUGGGGGGAGGGGGAAACUGUCACAAAAAUAAUUUCUGACUAUAUCACAAUUAUUUUAGCUGCGAACAUUUAUGUGUAUACGGUAAUUAUGUGAUCAUACUUGAUUCAUUAUUAAAAUGACUUUCAAAUUGUUUUAAAUCAUUUUUCAGUGAGUUCUGUACACAAUGUGUUUGUAAUAAUUUAUGAUGAUGAUUAUGAUUUUUGUUGUUAAUAAUUAAUUUGUUGAUAAUUUAAUUUUCAAUGCAAAUGUGCAUCAAACACCAAUGUUCAGAUGCCAAAUACAUUAAUGUUGUCAAUUUCACAAACUCGCAGGAAUGUUUCACAACAACUAUCGUUAAGAUUGUUAUAAUGUCUGUUAUAUUUACAGUAUAUCAUAUCUAUUAUAUUUUAUUUCAGUUUAACAAAUCUGCUAGCCCAACAUCAGGCUAGUUGUAAAUUCAAAUCCAGUAGCCCGAUGGGCUAGCAGGUUAAAAAAUUAGAAUUAUAAAAAAUAAAAAAUAAUAAAAAUCACAAAAAAAACCAACCCCAAACAAACCAAGAAAAGAACCCAAAAAAUCCUCUCACUCACCAUACAUUUUUUCCCCCCACUGAAAUGUGUUUGAAAUUUUUUAUCCAGACAUUGGUUAUCACAUAUCAACAAAGCAAUAAUAAUAUUAAUAUUCCACUUGAACGAGCUUUCUACAAAAUGCUACAAGUUAUUUCUACAUUGUCAGUUACAACAAAUACACACAUUGUUUUCUUUUCACUUUCAAGUUUCAGGGACAGGAAAUAAGUUUAACAAAAUGCAUAUUUUGAUUGAUUGCACUUGGUAGUAAACAUUUCAGUUGGGAAUCGCCAGUCGAGAAAUUAAUUAACAGGCUAGUAUCUUAAAAGUACAACCCCAGUCAUGGUUAGAAUUCCUGUGUUUGUCUUAUUUGUCUACUUGUGAUAGGGAUGUCAGCAAUUGGAAAAACAAUAUACUUUCAGGUUUUUUUAUAACAGCUCAGAGCUGUCGAUGUCUAUUUAAUAUGUGUAGCAGCUUGGACAGUGUUUCACAGUUACCUGUACAAGAUAAUACUUUUCAGUAUGUCAAUUAACAAGUUAGAUCUUGCCAAUAUAUUCUUUUGAUAUCUGACUGACAUGGAAUUAAAAAAAAGUUUGUUUAACAAACAAAAAAUUCCCCACCCCACCCCACUAGCUAUGGCCCUGCCAAUGGGGAUCAAUCCCAAACCAACAGUGCUCUUUACAUCCCUCCCCUGACAUGAAAUAAAUUACCCUGUAGGCUAUUUGAGCAACUGACAUCACCAUUCCUAGUGACAAUUAACUACCAAAUACACUGAACACGAAACCAUGCAUUAACAUGUUACAUAACCCUUGUAUUGUGCAUUUAAUUAUUUUGUGUUGGGGUGGUUAGAGAUACAGUCCAAUUACUUACCCACCCACCCUGGAGAUGGGGACAAAAAAUAAAAACAGUAUAAUGAUAAGGAUCAAACUUGACAAAAUUAGGCUGAAAAGAAAAGUACGUAAAAUAGAUCAGCUUUAAUAUUAAUUUAUUAGGUUUUUCCAUUCAAAUCUAUAGGUUUAGAUAAAAACAUUUUUUUUACCUACAUAUUAUUAAAAAACAUCUUAAAAAACAACAACCCCGUGGCUAGUGAUUCAAUGUUUUUUUUAGUCAUACCCUGUUUAUUUACAGUAUCACAUGUCCAUUAAAUGAUAUUCACUGUGUAACAUGUCUGUUAUAUAUUACAGUAUUUACAUAUGAAUUAAUAAUAUUGUUUAUUAUAUACUGGUUAGUAAAACAUACAUUUUCAGUUCAUAUAUUUCAUUAGUAUGGCUUUAUAUUAUGCAACGUAAUUCCAUCUUUUUUUUUCCAUUCUUUUUUUUUUUUACGUUUUUCAAUGUGAUGGAAACCACAAAGAUAUCAAAUUUAUAUACCUUUUAUAUUUUGAUGAAUUUGAAUGAAUUUCCCUUUUUACAAAAAAAACCCCAAAACAAAACAUUUUUAGUGUAUAUGAAAAACCAAACCGUGACCAUACAAAAUAAUAUUUUAAUAUUGUCGAUAAAUAUUGAACAAAACCUAAAAAGUAUCAAUAUGAGCUAUAGUGUUAAUAAUAUAUACAGUUGAGACUGGUCAAAAGGCCACCUGUAAAUAACGGCCACUAUAAAUCCAACCCAAAGCAUUUGCUUGUUUUAUCUGUAUAUAACAGCUACCUGUUUUUUUAACCAAAAUUAAUGGUUCAACCCGCGAUAAUGGCCACAAAAUACAUUAACCACAUUUGUUUUGGUCCAAAAUUGACAGCUGAACUUGCCAUAAUGGCCUGUUAUAUUGGCUUAUCAAAGUUGCAGUAUAAAAUGAUAUAAAGUAAAUUCUCCAGUAAAUCAUUAAUUGUAUUUGCAUCUUACCUUAUGUCUGUGUAAUGUUGUCGGACAUUUGCAAGUGACUUGUCAUUGAUCAAAGUAAGGCUUGCACCAAACUUGCAUAUAUAUCCGACUCAUUAACAUUGAAAGGUAGUACUUUCCAAAAUGAGUGAAUGCUGCAUAACACAAGCAUUUUAUGACAGUCUGCCACAAUGUUUGUUCAGGCCAUUACACAUUAGCAAACUUGCCCUUUUGUUAAUUAAUAUAUAUAAUGAUUUGUUACAUCCAACCUUUUGCAUCUCAAUGAUAAAUGACUUUUUCAAAAGGUGAAUAAUAACAGAGUGAAUUUCAACAAAAUGUGUCCGAUUUAUGCUUUAAAUAAAAAAAAAUUGUUGUUAAAAUUAUUUGUGUUAUUUUCUAUUUUAUUUUAUACUUUUAUGAUGAUUGUUCGUAUUUUUAUGCAUUCCUGUUUAAUAAUAGCUUUUAUAGUAAACUAUUUCUUGUGUGUUUUCCCUGUAUAUAAUAACCACCUGUCCCUAACGGUCAGGUCCCUUGAGUGGCCGUUAUAUACAGGCUUGACUGUAUGUGUAUGUUCUGUAUUGUUUAAGAUCACAUGAAAACUGUACUGCACACAUUAUUAAACAUUGGAUAUUUUGUAUAUAUGUAUAUAGAUAAUAAAACAUUAUACCAAACAAGUGUUAUUUAUCGGUUUACUGUACCGAGGUCAACAACAAUUUCCAACGUCAUUUUUGCUUCAUACACAAUAUGGCAAAAUUAACCAUUCACAUCAUUUCCUUAUUUCGUAAAUGGAACGGUUUUUAAAAAUUAAAAUAUUUUCUUCUAUCACAGUUAAUGCAUACAUGUAAUUAAUAUUUUCUUCAAUCACAGUAAUCUUCACAAUUUCUAGUAGCAAUUUUGCAUUAACAUUUUUCAAACGGUCUAAAAAUGGCAGUAUUUUGCACCCAGUUUAUUGUUGUUGUGGCAGAUGCAAAGUGAUAUUAUUCAAAUAUUGAAAAACGUGUGAACUAUGGGUGUCGUUCUUAUAACUUGAGCUCUAUACUUGUUAAAAUAACUGUUCCACAUUAAGCAGAGAAUGUCAUUUAUAUGUCGGUAUGUUUUUUAAAAAAGUCAACUAAAAACAAGAAACAUUGUUUAAAAAUAUUAAAGCUAACUAUUUUGGAUACGACAGAUUUAUUGUGUAUGAACCAAAAACAAUAUGGAAAUUGUUGUCAACAUCAAUGUCAUUGUGAAGGAAAGGUGUUCAGUUCACAUUAAUUUCUAUUUAUGGGAAGAAUACUCGUAGGGUUCAUUUUCAAUUAAAUUUGUAUUUUGCAGAAUAAAAUUAGGGAAAUG